CGUACUCUUAUGCUUUGCAUGCCUUAGCGGUUAGACCAUUGACCACGCGUCCUCGAGAGGACGGAGCAUUGUUCCCACAGGACCGAUCACCGAUGAUUUAUCGCGCGAGUCACGCCCACGCCUGCCUGCUGGUGUUCAAAGCCUUCAAGGAGGUAGUGGAUGCGGCUGGAGAUUCCGCCAGCGAUGACGCACCGGUGCACCAAGACGAUCAACCUCAGCACGCCCUCGAUGGCCACACCUCCUACGCUCUGGAGCUCCUGCUGCUGCUGCUAGGGCUGUACUGGCUGCAGAACGACAUGGGAGAUUUCGUAGAGGACGGUUUCCUUGACGGCGAUCAGGCGGGAUGGGUGCGGGACCAGGUGGUGGAAGUGCUUCAUCUUCUUCGGCCCAUGGCGGUAUCGUUGGUGGACGCUUGGGACGUAAGUGACUUCCAGCUCAACAGCGCGCUUGGAAGGUUCGACGGCCGGGCGUCCGAAGCGUUGCUCGAAACGACGGAGGUCAGGGUUAGCCAACGGUAG